AUGCGCGCAUUCACAUCCUUUGGUUCACUCCUUGCAAUCGCCUCCGUCGCAUCCGCUGCUCCAGGCGUCCUUUUGGUUGGAGACAGUACCGUUACUGACGGCGCAGGAUGGGGCAAAGGCUUUUGCGCCGACACCAAGGGUCUCGCAAGAUGCACCAAUCUUGCUGUUAGUGGGACUACUACGGUUUCAUGGCCUGGUCAUUCAACCGAGUACCAAGGGAUGCUGACUGGGUGCAAAACAGCCAAUACUUUCGCUUUUGUCCAGGUCCUUCCUCUUCUUGCCGAUAGCCUUGCAUACAUCCAGAAACUGGGAAAAGCUGACUCAAUGAAGUUCAACCUUGAUUAUGACACUACAAACAAGGAUACCACUCACUUGAACACGUUGGGUGCUUGGGUUGGCCUCGUUGCAGUUGCUGCAGUUGCUGGAGCUGUUCCUCAUCCCAAGGUUGCUCCAAGUAUUCUGACCAUUGGAGAUUCGACUGUGACCAGCGACGCAGGAUGGGGGGCUGGUUUCUGCGAAGAUACCAAGGGCCUGGCAAACUGCACCAAUCUCUCAGUCAGCGGACGAACGACCAUCUCCUGGCAAGCAGAACCAGAGUAUCAAACGAUGCUGACAAGCUGUAAGACCCCAGAAACCUGGGCAACCAUCCAAUUUGGACACAAUGAUCGGAUGAAAAAAGUCAUGAACACGUCGUACUUUGCACAAAACCUCGAAUCGCUUACUCUCAAGAUCCAGAAUGCGGGGUGCAAACCUAUAUUGGUCACAUCCCUUGCGAGAAGGGUGUUUACUAGCGAGCAUGUGACAUCAGAUAUUCUUGGGCCAUACUCGAACGAGACCAUCAAUGUUGCUGCCAAAUUGAAACUACCAAUACUGCCUCUAUUGAAUGAUAGCCUAACCUACAUUGCGAAGUUGGGCAAGGCACAAUCCAUGCUCUUCAACUGGGAUUCCGAUUCGACCAAUAAAGAUACCACUCACUUGAACUCGAUCGUAGCCGAUGAGGUUCACGCUCUUGUUCCGCAACUCAGUGGUUACAUUGUACCUGACCCGGCUUUGUCGGAUGCCAUUGCGAGCGGAACUAUCCUCCCUCAAGAUCUUUGA